UAGUUGUAAGUACCACUUCAGCUGGAUUUGCAUUGGCUCCAGGACCUUUCGACUGGCCCUGUUUCCUGCUUACUUCUGUUGGGACAGGCCUCGCAUCCUGUGCUGCCAACUCCAUCAAUCAGUUUUUUGAGGUACCAUUUGACUCGAACAUGAAUAGGACAAAGAACAGACCUCUAGUUCGUGGACAGAUCAGCCCAUUGCUAGCUGUGUCUUUUGCCACAUGUUGUGCUGUUCCAGGAGUGGCCCUCCUGACCUGGGGCGUGAAUCCACUCACAGGAGCCCUGGGGCUCUUCAACAUCUUCCUGUAUACCUGCUGUUACACACCACUGAAGAGGAUCAGCAUUGCCAACACAUGGGUUGGAGCUGUGGUUGGGGCCAUCCCACCGGUCAUGGGCUGGACAGCAGCCACUGGCAGCCUUGAUGCUGGAGCGUUUCUUCUGGGAGGAAUCCUCUACUCCUGGCAGUUUCCUCAUUUCAACGCCCUGAGCUGGGGCCUCCGGGAGGACUACUCCCGGGGUGGCUACUGCAUGAUGUCGGUCACUCACCCCGGCCUGUGCCGGCGCGUGGCACUACGCCACUGCCUGGCCCUGAUCGCACUAUCGGCCGCCGCCCCGGUGCUGGAUGUAACCACUUGGACCCUCCCCGUCAUCGCUCUGCCCAUCAACCUGUAUAUCACCUACCUCGGCUUCCGGUUUUACACUGACGCGGACCGCAGGAGCUCGCGGAGACUGUUCUUCUGCAGCCUGUGGCACCUGCCGCUGCUGCUGCUGCUCAUGCUGACCUGCAAGCGGCGGCCGGCCACGGACCCGGGGCCGCCCCAGAGCUGAGAGCGCACGGGCUGGGGAAGCAGCCCACGGGCGGGGACAAGCACAGUUUCCCUUUGCUGCCAGGCAAGAGUACUUUGGUAAUUCUGGAUCGCGAGGAGGGAAAUUACUAGUUUUAGUACAAGAUUAUCAAAUAAUUUGGUGCUCAGUGAUCACUUGGCCAUUUUUAAAAAGUGUAAUACCCAAAGUGCUCCCCAGACAAGAAAUGGUUGGCUCCGUCGAUGAAUACAAAGAAAGAAUAGGCCAGGCGUUGUAGCUCAUGCCCAUAAUCCCAGCACUUAGGGUGGUUGAGUCAGGAGGAUUGGUUGACCCCGGGAGUU